AUUUCUAAGUAAUAAACUAAUUAGUCCUUAGGAAUCCUAACUCAACCCUACGAUGAUUUCAGGACAUGCGAAUUGAGGUUUUGACUUGGACGGUACGAGCAUGGACGGAGGACUCUCUCAAACCAUGAUGAAUGGUCGGGCGGCGCUAGAUCCUCCAAGGUUUUUCUCUACUUUUCGUUGUUUCACUUGAAACCACAGCUAGAAAGGAACCCUAAUUUGAUCUUUAGGACUUAAACGAAAGAAUGAAAUAGAUGAUGACAAAAAGAUGUUUGAUCGAAAGUAAAAUUGAAAUUAACGAGUAGCGGAGUUUAAAGAGAGGGCUUUAGUUUCAGGCUUGAAUUUGCAGAUUGGGCUUGAGUCCUUGUAUCUUCACUAAAAGCCCAGACCACAUGAUUCUCAUUUUAGCUUGAAACACCAAGUCCAACUGGAGUGUUGAUGCACGGUCAUUUUGGAGGACUGUCUCCCUUCUUCUUCCAGGCUUCUGUGCGAGAUACCCUGCAACUCUUUCAGAAAAUAGAGCAAUAUGAUAAACACAAAAGUAAAUCGACAGACUAUGUUUUUAUGUGGUUUCUGACAAGCAAAUUUGCUUUGCCGACUAGUCCACAGUCGAAUGAUCACGGUGGUGUGAUAUCCGACGAUCUACUAUUUGUAUGAGAGUUUCGGCUUCGAACAGAGAUACACUGUCUAUCCGUCGAUCAAACCAAACUUAGAUGAUUGACGCUCUACCCACUGUGAACUAUCCCAGCUAUCCAGCUACAUCGUAAUCCAACGCUCACUCUCAAACACUGAUUCUCCCCGAAUUACAGUUUUUAGUCUCUUUUGUAACCAAGACUACUAGCAGAUUCCUUAGCUCUCUGUCAGUAUUGAUUUACGAAAAGGUUAUCUUAUAUAACCGUUAGCUCCAAGUAUGCAAUUUUCUUCAAUUUGAAAAGCUUCCUCUUUUGUCACUUGAAUGAGAUGUCCGUUGGCGUUAAUCAUGGAGAAUUUUUCUCCAAAUUAAAAACCUUCUAGUUCUUCCUGCUCUGCGUGAUUUUCCAUCUUGCAGAUUUGAUCUUUCUUUCCUCUUGUCUUCAGAUCGCCAUUAUGUUGACUCGCUUUCCUUCAACAAUCUCCCCCUAAGCCAGUUAAUGAUCUUUCCUUGCAUAUGCAGUCCCUACACACACUUAGACAAACCAUUACGUGCAGACUGCUCUUAUACAGAAGUUAAAGCAAGUAGAACGACACUAAGAAAAUUUAAUUUAUCUUAUUAGGAACUAGGUGUAGCUUAUCGGACUGCAAGAACUCAAGUUGCUUGACUUAACCAGAAAUCAAAAUAGACUCAUCUUAAAACAAAGAGAAAACUGUCUCGACUAAACCCAUGUUCUGCAAAAGCAAGAACUUUAUCGACCCUGACAGAAGAACUAAUAAGUGGAUUUCUCCCCCUCAGAUUCACUCCCCCUUAUACUAGUGUCUAUCUUAGAAAGGAUAGGUUGGUGAUGACAUGUAGUCAGAGAUUCCUGCAUCAUCAUUGAUGCCUUCAAGCUUAUCAUCUUCAUCAACUUCUUCUUUGAUCCCACUUGUGCUCGCAACAUGGUCUCCUUGAGUAGCCUGAUCAGACAGGUCAGCAGCCAAAUCAACAAUGUUGAGACCUUAUGCAGGUGGAGGGACUACAUUGCUAACUCCCCCUGGAGCAUUGACGCGAGGACGAUGGCCACCCACAAUAGCAUCGACCUUGCGGAGCACGAACUAGGCAUAGAGAUGGUCAAUCAGUUCUGCGGGAGAGACCUUGUAGCGCAGAUAAACCCCUAGGGAUUGAAGGAGCAACGUAAUUUGAGGGGCGAAAGGAAGAGCUCCCUCAUAAUUAUCGUUGUAGUAGGUAAUCAUGUGCCCAAACAUGAGGUGGGGAUAGCUGAUAGCACGAUGUUAUUUGGCACUGGCGAGAAUCCACAGAUCAGUUUGGUGGAUAGUGGAAUGACCAUAGGAACGGGGAAGAAACACACGAGUAAUGUAAUAGUGGAGGACUUUGAGAUCAUCAGGUAAUCUCCCAAAAGGAUAGGACAUUCGGGUAGACACGACCUGUAUCUCGUGUGUACUGUCGAAUGAUAGCAAUUUCAUUAAAUCCGAUAGUAUGAAAAUCUGAGACAUCCAUGACCUCAGCUCCAGUAAUAGGAAUCCCAAGCAGUGAUAGUAACUCCACGUUGAUUGUGAUCAAGUAAUUGAACACGAUGGUAGUGAAUGAGGGAGGAAUAGUGUUGAAGCAGGGUUUCAUGUUCGCAUACAACAUGCGAACUGCUUCAGGAUGAUGACUGAAAUGCUGAUUGAGAAGAAUAUCUUGAUGCAUGAUAGUAGGAGUGUUCAAAUGGUUACCAUGGUUAUUACCAAACCAAAUAAGGCUACAUUUCAUUAACCAUGGAAUACAAUAUCAUAACCAAACCGUCCAAACUAAUACAACAACCAAAUUAACCAAACUAAAGUUUAAUCGGUUUGGUUAAUUGGUUAACCAGAUUAACCAAUAUAAAAUCAUAUUAUCA